AUGAAACAUUUGUGUUUGUCAUGGUUCAGAACCAGAGCUCAGCAGUUCAAAGGUCAGACCAGGUUUAGACCAGAGGGGUCAGACCAGAGGAGCCAGACCAGAGGAGCCAGACCAGAGGCGCCAGACCAGAGGAGCCAUACCAGAAGGGCCAGACCAGAGGAGCCAUACCAGAGGAGCCAGACCAGAGGAGCCAUACCAGAGGAGCCAUACCAGAGGAGCCAUACCAGAGGAGCCAGACCAGAGGAGCCAUACCAGAGGAGCCAUACCAGAGGAGCCAGACCAGAGGAGCCAUACCAGAGGAGCCAGACCAGAGGAGCCAUACCAGAGGAGCCAUACCAGAGGAGCCAGACCAGAGGAGCCAUACCAGAGGAGCCAUACCAGAGGAGCCAUACCAGAGGAGCCAGACCAGAGGAGCCAUACCAGAGGAGCCAUACCAGAGGAGCCAGACCAGAGGAGCCAUACCAGAGGAGCCAUACCAGAGGAGCCAGACCAGAGGAGCCAUACCAGAGGAGCCAUACCAGAGGAGCCAUACCAGAGGAGCCAGACCAGAGGAGCCAUACCAGAGGAGCCAUACCAGAGGAGCCAUACCAGAAGGGCCAGACCAGGGAGCCAUACCAGAGGAGCCAGACCAGAGGAGCCAUACCAGAGGAGCCAUACCAGAGGAGCCAUACCAGAGGAGCCAACAGAGGACCAAGAGAGCCAGAGAGCCAGAGGAGCCAGACCAGAGGAGCCAUACCAGAGGAGCCAUACCAGAGGAGCCAGACCAGAGGAGCCAGACCAGAGGAGCCAGACCAGAGGAGCCAGACCAGAGGAGCCAGACCAGAGGAGCCAGACCAGAGGAGCCAGACCAGAGGAGCCAGACCAGAGGAGCCAGACCAGAGGAGCCAUACCAGAGGAGCCAGACCAGAGGAGCCAGACCAGAGGAGCCAUACCAGAGGAGCCAUACCAGAGGAGCCAGACCAGAGGAGCCAGACCAGAGGAGCCAGACCAGAGGAGCCAGACCAGAGGAGCCAGACCAGAGGAGCCAGACCAGAGGAGCCAUACCAGAGGAGCCAGACCAGAGGAGCCAUACCAGAGGAGCCAUACCAGAGGAGCCAGACCAGAGGAGCCAUACCAGAGGAGCCAUACCAGAGGAGCCAUACCAGAGGAGCCAGACCAGAGGAGCCAGACCAGAGGAGCCAUACCAGAGGAGCCAGACCAGAGGAGCCAGACCAGAGGAGCCAUACCAGAGGAGCCAUACCAGAGGAGCCAUACCAGAGGAGCCAGACCAGAGGAGCCAUACCAGAGGAGCCAUACCAGAGGAGCCAGACCAGAGGAUCCAUACCAGAGGAGCCAUACCAGAGGAGCCAGACCAGAGGAGCCAGACCAGAGGAGCCAUACCAGAGGAGCCAUACCAGAGGAGCCAGACCAGAGGAGCCAGACCAGAGGAGCCAGACCAGAGGAGCCAGACCAGAGGAGCCAGACCAGAGGAGCCAUACCAGAGGAGCCAGACCAGAGGAGCCAUACCAGAGGAGCCAGACCAGAGGAGCCAGACCAGAGGAGCCAGACCAGAGGAGCCAGACCAGAGGAGCCAGACCAGAGGAGCCAGACCAGAGGAGCCAGACCAGAGGAGCCAGACCAGAGGAGCCAUACCAGAGGAGCCAGACCAGAGGAGCCAUACCAGAGGAGCCAUACCAGAGGAGCCAGACCAGAGGAGCCAUACCAGAGGAGCCAUACCAGAGGAGCCAUACCAGAGGAGCCAGACCAGAGGAGCCAGACCAGAGGAGCCAUACCAGAGGAGCCAUACCAGAGGAGCCAGACCAGAGGAGCCAGACCAGAGGAGCCAUACCAGAGGAGCCAUACCAGGGUUAG